AUGGCCAUGUCCAACAUGACCGUCGUCGACAUCCACACCCACAUGUACCCGCCUACCUACAUCAACAUCCUCGAGUCGCGCCAAACCAUUCCUCUGGUCCGCACUUUUCCCCAGGCUCCCGACCCGCGCCUCAUCCUGCUCCAGUCGGAACCUCCCGGCCGCCCGCUCACGUCGCACUACACCUCGCUCGAUCAGAAGAUGCACUUCAUGGACACGCACCACAUUGACAUUUCCGUCGUGUCCCUCGCCAAUCCGUGGCUGGACUUUGUCGACGCCUCCGUGUCCGGGGGUGUUGGAGAAUCCAUCAACAACGAGUUUUCCGACAUGUGCGGUCGCCAUCCGGGUCGCCUCUUCUUCUUUGGCGCUCUUCCUCUGACGGCGCCCCUCGAGACGAUUCGGUCGUCCAUUGACCAUCUCAAGAAUCUUAAGUACUGCCGGGGCGUCAUCCUGGGAACGUCGGGCCUCGGGAAAGGGCUCGAUGACCCAAAACUGCUCCCCAUAUUCGAGGCGCUCGCCGAGGCUCGACUCACCAUCUUUCUGCACCCUCACUAUGGCCUGCCUAACGACGUUUGGGGUCCCCGCGCCGAAGAAUACGGCCACGUGCUCCCCCUCGCAUUGGGCUUCCCGAUGGAAACCACCAUUGCCGUGACUCGAAUGUACCUUGCCGACGUCUUCAACAAGGUCCGCGAUUUGCGCAUGAUUCUCGCUCACAGCGGCGGCACGCUACCCUUCCUCGCCGGCCGGAUCGAGAGCUGCAUCAUCCAUGACGGACAGCUGGUGCGCGAGGGCAAGGUGGCCAAAGACCGUCGCUCCAUCUGGGACGUCUUGAAGGAACAGGUCUAUCUCGAUGCCGUCGUUUAUUCCGAGGUCGGUCUCGGGGCGGCCAUCGACGCCAGCGGGAGCGAUAGGCUCUUGUUCGGCACAGAUCACCCCUUCUUUCCGCCUCUUACAACGGAUGAGCAGGGCGAAUGGGAGAGUGUCAGUAUGAACGCGGACGCGGUGGCCCGGGCGGUUGGGGAGGGCUCAGCAAAGGCCAAGGGCAUCAUGGGAGAAAACGCCAUAAGAAUCUUGAGACUUGGCGAAAAGGCGUAA